GAACAUUUCUAUUUAUCACUGAUAUGCGCCAUAUCAUAAGAUGCUGUAUGAAAUUCUUGCUGUUGUGCAUGAUCGUAACCCAGGAGUAUUUCCAAGUGGCCGACUUCUUCUGUCUCCCGGGCAAAGACUUGAAUACACAGAGGACAGUUUGUAAUUCGAUUGUUUAUUUAUUUCUCAAACAUGGAGCCUCGAACGAUUGUGCCUCGUGAGGGCGCGGAGGAAAGGGAGGUUACGCCAUCACUGUUGCUACAAUCGCAUCGUACUCCUAGAUCAGAUUUAUGGGAGGGUUGGCAAAUCGCAGAAGAUCCGCCUACAUUGGAGAACUCUCCCGGACCUCUCGGCUGUAGCAUCGAGAAUGCCCACGAUGCAGAGAGUCCCUAUAUGGCGAAUAACAGUCACAAUUACCACGUCGAGCAAACGGACUCAAACGCAAAACGAUUCUCCGCAUAUUCUGGUGAAACUGAAACCGUAACUCUGACAGACGGUGCGCUUCUUCCUAUAUGCUCCGGUGAUGCUCGGAAGUCUCGAGGUGAAUGCGACGUUACAAAGGUAGACGCAAGCAAAAUGAAACAAGCGGUGCAGUACACCUCUAUAGGCUCCAAAAAUGUGGGCGUUCACUCCACCGGCCGGAAUCGGUCAUCGUCAGAGAAGACAAAAGGGAACCCAAGGGAAAAGUUCCGGGUCUAUUGGCAGUGCGCACUCAACAAUUUCGGCCUCACGAACGAGGGCAUGCUACUGAAACAAGAUGCCUGCGAACAGGGUUUUUGUAGUGCAGACGCUCAAGAAGUAAUGAGUCUCAUGAUGCGGUGCACAGUCGAUGCAGUGCUCAAAGAAGAAAGCAAACCAGAGGUUUCUGCUUCUGCUUCACUACAGAAGGCUGAUCAGUCGGGCACCAGAGAAAAACACGACAAUCUAACUGGAGCAGAAGACGUCAACAGCUUGAGCGGUGGGGAUGAGACAGACCUCCUUCCGAGCACGAAAAAGAACCCAGAUGAUACUCGGUGCCCGGAGUGUCGACAGCUCGCAAAUAUCCGACUGGAGAACUGUGGAAACGAGCACGGAAAUGUUUUGCUACGGCGAAACCUGGGGUCCCACCUAGCAGUGACCCCUCACUUUGACACGGUGUUAGAACUCGGCGCUGGGAUUGGCCGCCUCACACGGCUGCUGCAGGAAUUCGCGGCACAGGUAGUGGCAGUCGAUUUUGUUGACGAGUACGUCAAAGCCAACCGAGACGCACAUGGCAGUUGCCACAGCAGGAAAAAUGACCUAUUUGUCGUAGCCGAUGCAACGACUAUCGAGUUCCCUCUUGCGACGAACGACCAGAGGGUGUUCACGACUGGCCUACCGCACAAAACAGAAUCCCCGUCUACGUUUGAUUUAAUAAUCAUCAACUGGUUACUGAUGUACCUCACUGAUGAUGAAGUGAAGACUCUUCUUCGAAAAUUAGUAUCUGCCUGGUCUAGGAGAGGAGGUUUCGUGUUCUUGCGUGAGAGCUGCGGAGAGCCAUCUGAUAAAGGAAAACAGAGUCGUAAUUGGGCCCUAUGGGGAAAUCCGACAGUGUACAGGCGCGCAGAAGUGUAUACGCGGUGGAUCCACGAAGCGUCAGAGGAAACAGGAACUGCGGUGCAAAUGGUGCUCUCGGCGCAUCCCAUGACACUUUAUCAGCAGGCCAACCACACUGACAGUCAAUGCUGCUGGUUCUUGCGCAUACAACGUUGACGCAUACAUAAAAACGAAACACGCCUUGAAACGGAAGAGUUUCCCGUCAGACGUGAGAGUGCAACUUCACAGUGUCAAACCCGAGAAGUGAGGUCACUCCUGAAACAGGUUGGAUGAGAGAAUGUCAAAACCAUGAUUCGUGCACCGUGCUUCCGAAAAAGCCGAAGACUCCACCUUCGAGGGGCUCUUGGGAAUAACGGGAUUAUGUGUCCAUGCUUGGUGACCUCAACAGAACAAGGCCCGUCUUCUUGUCUUGGCGUUUAGAGAGAGACAGAAGAAAAUGACUGUUACUACAUCGCAACUGAGGACGUGACCUUGAGGGAAACACAGUGAAAAGGU